UACUGAUACAGUAUGGAAAACUCAGCAUAUGAAGUGUCAAAGCAACUACUUGACAAUAUUAUCGAUCUAGUAGAAGAACAUAUUGUUGGAUCAGAUUCAACUUGUAAUCGUGCUACAGUACAAGAUACAGUUGCCCAAUCUGUUGCCAAUGAUGCUGUUGUCAUACCAACACACGAAACAGAACAAGUUACAGUUAUUCAAUCUGCUGACAACAACGCUGUUGAAGCAGAACAAGAAAGAACAAAUGAAACAGAACAAGUAACAGUUGACAGCAGUACUGUUGUUGAACUAACAAAGGAAACAGAAAAAGAAACAACAAAUGACACAGUGGCCCAAUCUGUUGACAACGACGAUGUUGAAGCAGAACAUGAAACAACAAAUGAAACAGAACAAGAAACUAUCGACAACGAUGCUAUUGUUGAAGCAACCAUUAAAAAAGAACAAGUUACAACAAAUAAAACAGAACAAGUUACAACAAAUACAAUAGAACAAGGUACAGUGACUGAAUGUGUUGACAACAAUACUGUUGUUGAACCAACAAAUGAAAUAAAACAAGAAACAACAAAUAAAACAGAGCAAGAAACUGUUCCUCAAUCUGUUGACAACAAUGAUGUUGUUGCACUAACAAAUGAAACAAAACAAGAAACAACAAAUGAAACAGAACAAGAAAAUGUUGCUCAGUCUGUUGAUAACAACUCUGAUGUUGGAGUAACAAAUGAAACAGAACAAGAAACAGUUGACAACGACCAUGUUGUUGAACCAAUAAAUGAAACAGAACAAGUUGACCAAUCUGUUGACAACUUCGCUGUUGAAACAGAACAAGAAACAGUGGCUGAGUGUGUUGACAACGACGCUGUUGAUGGACUAGCUAAUGAAAUAGAAGAUGAACCAACAAAUGAAAUAGAACAAGAAACAGUGGCCCAAUCUGUUGACAACGACGCUGUUGUUGUUGGACUAGCUAAUGAAACAGAAGAGGAACCAACAAAUGACACAGUGGCCCAAUCUAUUAACAACGACGCUGUUAUUGCAGCAACAAAUGAAACAGAACAGGAAUCAGUUGUCCAGUCCGAACCAGUGGCCUGUUUAGAUUCAAAUGGGUUCGACACCCACGCAACGAACUCCUCUCAAGCAUUGUCACAGUGGUGCGAAAAUGAGGUGGACUGUAUAUUAGAUUCAGUUUUUAUGAUACUGGAUUCAAAUGAAUCGUCCGAAUCAACAUUGGAAGAUGAAUAUCAAUUCAGUGAUGAAAGUUCAGAGACUUACGAAACAGCAAGUAACCCAAGCGACUCAUAUUGUGAUGAAAAAUUGAUGAAUAAUGGUGAAACCACUUCCUUCAGUGAAGCUUCUCUCAAUGGGGAAUUAUUGGAUGAUCCAGCUGUAGAUAAGGCAGUAGAUGUUGAUGCUUCAAAAACAUCAGUUCCUGACAAUCCUUUGAACCAAGACGUAUUACAAGAUGAUGAAUUAAAUUUAAGUAAAUCACUUGAUGAUGUUGAACCAAUCAUUAAUAACGACAAUGAAGUGGAUAAUGUGUCUGUAAUUAAUGUUGAAACCAACACACUAGCUGAUGCCCACAUUCAACAUGAAACUUGUGGCAGCCAAAUGAUAAAUAAAAUGCAGAGUGAAGUGGUACCACCUGGUAAAACAGAUGAUUCAUGCCAGGAUAUUAAUAUGCAAUGUGAACUUCUAGUUAAUGAGAUACUUAACGUAAUACAAGUUAAAACACCUGAAGUAAAUGUCCAACCACAAGUUAUUGAAGAAGAUUCAAAUCAAUCUAAAUCAAGUCCAAGUUCACUUGAUCAAACACAAACAGUAGAAGAAACUGCUGAAGUUGAAGCCGUUACAGAAUCAAUGUUUGUUCCGUAUACCCUUGAUGUUUGUUCUGUAUGUAAGAACAAUAUGAGGGAAAUGGCGUUAACCAUGAAAGGCUAUAAAUUAUUUGCCAGCAAACAAAGAGACAAGGAGUUUGCCUUAAAGUGGGGUUUAAAGGCUCCAAAUACUGGAAGCAGCAUUCCCUCAUACAACCACACUGAUCAACAUACACCUUAUAAAAAUGGUAGUUUUGACAACCUUACCACUGAUGCAACACCUGAAGUUUUAAAGAAAGCACUGAGGGAUAUGGAAAAUAAAUACAACGAAGCAAUGGUUCAAACUGCUCAAUUAGAUAAUGAAAAAACUCAGUUACAUUAUCAAACCCAAAAGUUGUUGGAUUCAUUAGAAGAGCAAGAAGACGACUUUUACCGUUUAAAAAAGAAACACAAAGAAAAAUGCCAGGAACUUGAAAAGCAAAAGCGAGGUUUUGAUGUUCUGCGUAGAAAGUGCAACGAUCUCCAAGACGCGUUACGUCAACGGGAUGAACUCAUAGAGAUGUUUACAAACAAAGAAGCAAAGGAGAAAAACCUCGAAAAAGUUAUUUUUGACUUAAAAGAAACAAUUAUGUGGAAAGAUAAAAAAAUCGAGGCAAUAGUCAGGCAAAUUGAAUAUUACAAGAAGAAUGAAAGUUCAGGGCAGAAUAAUCAUGAACAAGGUUUGAUAUUUAUCGGCAACAACAGCGAAUCAACUGUUGAACACGAUGGGCAAGGUGAUGCAACAGAACUCAUGAAUGCUCCAACCAUAGACUCAAAAGUUUCCAUUCUUACCGAAGAAAAUCGACAACUCCUUGAACAGGUUCAAAACCUCAAAUUAAUGUUAGAAGAAGUAAGAGCGAGUGUUACGGAAAAAGAUUCCAACGAUCUAAAUUCAUCAUUGGGUGCAACGGAGAUGCAACUUCUCGAAAUUCAAAGAGAAGCAAACAAACAAGUUAACGAAUACAAGUUCAAACUGCAGAAAUCAGAGCAAGAUCUUGCUGUUUUUCAUGGAAAUAUAUCCCGGCUUGAAAGUCAGUUGAUUCGUUACAAACAAACAUCGGAAACUUACGAGAAGAACGAAGAUGAAAUGAGAGCGGAAAAACGAAAAUUGAUGAGAGACUUACGAACAGCAUUGGAUCGAAUUGAAGAAGUAGAAAUGACAAAUUCUCAUCUUGAAAAGCGGUUAGAACGAUUGCGAGCAUCAAGAACUGCAUUAUCUGGUCCGUCGUGAUGCAUGGAUGGCAUCAACUACUUGUAUACCUUGAUGCAGUGCUUGAUGUACGCGGAGAGUUCUUAUCAAGGCUUUGCACGUGUAAUUUCAUGCCAUUUUAGUGAAAAUAUCUUUAUUAAGUUGAUUGUAUACAAGCUUUUGAUUCAACAUGCUAAAUAUUAUCCUGUUGCAAUUUCAGUAUAAACAUUAAUUUAUGCGUUUAUGAUUUUGGUUGUUCCCAUAUGUAAGAUCUGGUUUAAGAUGAUUUCGUUCUUGUUUAAAUUGAAAUAAAAUGUUUUAAAACUG